CUUUCAUUUGUUCGUAAAACUUCUAACAUUGAGUACUUCCGGCCAUUCAAAACAACAAAACAUUGGAGGGAUUUUGCCGUUGAAGUUGUGUGGUUGUGUUUUAAUUUAGGACAUAGAGUGAAUACAAAUGGAUGAUAUACAGUCAUGGUGGGAAGUGCCCUGUAUAGCUCACUUUUGUUCCUUGUUUAGGGCAGCUUUCAAUCUGCUGGAUUUUGACAUUGAGGAGCUGGAAGAAGCUUUGCUGACUGAUGGCGCAGAAGAUUCUGGAAGCUCAUUACUUCAAGAACUGAUUGUUAGGCUGUUGUGUGGCUGUUUAGGGAACAAUGACAUUUCAACUUUUAACUACCAGAUGUUUUUGAGACGUCUAUUCCGACAAAAGUGUCAGGAAUAUGGAAGAGAGAAUCCCUUCAAUACUGACAUGGACUUUCAGUUCCUACCUUUACGAACAAAGGUUGAAAUAUUGCAUGCUUUGUGUGAUUUCCGAUUGGAUGCUGAUGAUGUCCAGGAUGUACUGAAGAACUUGGAAUCAGAUAGUUUAAGGGUUGAGCCCCUUGGUCAUGAUGAAAACCAUUCAGCAUACUGGUACUUCUAUGGAACGAGAUUGUAUAGGGAAGAUUACCCUAAAGCUAAAAAAAGAGUAAAAGAAAAGAAACGAAGAUUAAAGGAUGAGAAACGAAAGAAGAAGAGAGGAAAAUCACCAGCUGAUUCAGAAGGAGAGGAACAAAGCAGUAGUGUGUGGCAAGUGGUUUGUUUCACAGAAGAAGACUGGGACAAAGUCACUGAAGGUUUCAGGGACUCUACAUCUAAAGUUGAACGAGCCUUGUACCACACACUGUCGGAAGACUUUCUGCCUGAAAUACCUCGCCUAUUUUCAGAGAAAGAAAAGUUGCAAAGAAAGCGACUGCUUGAAUAUCAGCCAAGGCGGCAAUCCAGCCGACUAGAGAAGCUAAAACAGCAGAAAGAGGAGGAAGAGCGGUUACAACAAAAAGAGGGUGAGAGACAACGACAAGAAAGGGAACGUAAAGAACGAUUGCUUCAGGGCAUCACAGCGAAAGAAGAACGUGCAAAUAGAGCUCUCAUGCGCUCAAUUUCUCGAACUAAUUCAGAGUGUGGGAGUACUAGUAGUUUGACUGAUUUGGUGCCUGAACCAAGGGGAUUUAUUGGUCGCCAGACAAAUAACUCCCUUUCUUCUGCAACAGGACAAAUAGUUAUUCAAGGGCUGCGACGUAAGCUUCGUGGUUCUCAGGUUUUCAGGCAAAGUGAAGAAGAUUUGCAAACAGGGAUGUACAAAAUAUUAGAACAUGUUAAAGCACACGAGGAUGCGUGGCCUUUUCUCGAUGCAGUGGACGAAAAAUAUGCACCGCGAUAUUAUUCUAUUAUUGCAAGACCCAUGGAUCUUCAAAAAAUGGAAGAGAAGCUUGAUGAUGGAGAGUAUCUCUCCUUUGCUGAAUUUAAGGCUGACUUUCAACUGAUUGUGGACAAUUGUCGACAGUACAAUGGUACUGACAAUGAAUAUACUGAAAUGGUGGGGAAUCUUCAAGAAGCAUUUCAAAUGGCAGCUGAACGGUACUUGGAAUCUGAUCCAUCAUCUGAUGAAGACGCAUCAGUUGAGCUACCAAAAAGGCAAAGCCACAGUAGUACAUCUGGGCAUGGUAAUGUGCAAGGCAGUAAGAAGAAAGGAAAGACUGAUAAAAAUCAGGAAUUGGAGGACAAGAUGGAGAGUGAUGAAAGGUCACUAACACCAUCAAGUAUUUUAUCUGAAGCUUCAGGUGAAAGUGAAAAGGAGCCGGAGGUGUGUAGUAAUAGAUUUGAAAACACAGAGUCAGUACAUGAAGAUGGCUCUGAAAGUGCCAGCUUAAAAAAUGAGAGUGAGAGUGAGAAUCAGUAUCCCAGGAGCACAAACGGAAACAAAAGAAAUAAGAAGACAGGCGUAAUUAAGAAUGCAGCAGCUAUUGAAGCGUUGGAACUAGCAACAGAGCAGACACUCAAGGAUAUUAACAAGUGGCUAGAUGACACACCACGAUUCUCUGAAUUUUCAUCUGCAAGUAAUUCCCCAUCAUAUUUCAUGAACACUGGAACUGAAGAAUAUGAUGGGUCAACUCGUGUGGAUGAACAUAAAAAUAGUUCUAAAUCACAUGAGAAAGCUUUCCGUAAGGAACAAAAGGAUGCAUCAAAAAAGCGUUUGAACAAGGAUCCUGCCAAACAGCAACGUAAACGAGAGGUCCAAAGAACAAUUGAUCGCUUACAGCCAGGCAAGAGCAAAGGAAAUCUGCUAUCCAACAUUCAGAGUACAAGUAAAGUAGCAGAAGAUGGGAGUAUUGCUGGAAAACCUAAAGAUGGAAAAGCAUUACAACCUGUGAAGUCUGAAGAAACUAUGCCAAAACUUAGUCUGGGGUCUGUCUUAAGAAAUGAUGUUUUAGCCUUCGGUGUUGGCAGUGGGCAUAAUUUUUCCACAAAAGAGGAGGCUGAAGACACCAAAUUUGAUCUCUCAGAAGAUGAAUUGUCGAAGGUUCCUGUAGAUGUUAAAGUGCCUGUGUCUCCAGAAUCUCACAAACCCGUGUGUUCAAAUUUGUCUGCAAAGAAAGAAACUGAAGAGUCUGUAGAAAGCACUAAAAAUAUAGUACAACAAACAAAGCAAGAAAAGGCUACACCAAAUCUUAGUGCGUGGUUCAAAGCAUUUGGUGCUCCGAGAACACUGACAGUGCAGAAAAAAAAGUCAGACUCUUGCUCUCAGGAAAAUGAAUCUCUUCCUACAGGUGAAAGAACUGAUUCUCAAAAUGUUCCUUUUACAGAUAAAUCACAUACGUUUGAGCGAGAGUCUGUCCCUUCAAAGUAUUCUAGCAUUGCGAUGGGUGAUCUCUAUAGUGGAAGAAUGCCAGAAGAAUCAGAGAAAAGAUCAUUACACUCCCCACAGCAAAGAAGUGGGCAAGAAGAAGCUACCACUUCACCGUUACAGAAUGUUUCUCGUCAAAGGAGAAUAAGCACGGGUAGCAGCAUGUCUGAACGUUCUUCAUUUAGCCAGGAUCCAAUGGACCCACUAGACGGUUCCUCCCCUCGUGUGGAAAAUUAUUCCACCCAUUAUCCUUCCCCCCUUCAUCGUUCUCCAGUGGCUGCAUCACCCCUGAUGGCAUCUCCUCGUCCAGAAGAUAACCUGAAGCUGCCUCCAUAUCAGCCUAUCAAUGGAACUAUACGGGCUGGUUUUUAUCAAGAUACAUCUUCACUUCAGAAAGGAAGUCCAGACAAAAACAGCAGCAAUGGUAGCCCAAGGGACCAGAUGCACUCAUCUGCAUUUCCUUUAUAUAGUCCACGAAUGUAUCCACCAGCUAAUGAUUCAAUAGGCUACUCUACAUACCAGGGAAGAUCACCAGAAUCUCCAGCAGCUUUGCUGGGACCAAAGUCCCUGUACAGCAGUGUUCCGGUAUAUAGUGCAAGUCCCAUGAUGCAGUAUUAUGACACAAGUAAGCCACUGACUGAUCAGUAUAGGGCUGCAAGAACACAAGCAGCAGAAGAAGAUGUACCCUCAUCAGUUAAUACCAGUAAUGUCACAACAUUUUCAACUAGCCAUCAGCAAAGCACAGGAACAUCAACUUCAGCAUCUAGUACAAUGACUAAGUCACUGAUGAAACCAUCAUCCAUUUUCCCUGUAAAAAAACGUUUGUACAGUGAAGUGGAGCCAUCUUCAGUUGGCAGAUUGCCUCCACCAGCACAUGCUUCUGAUCGAGCUCCUUUGGAAGGAUUUGUUGCAGAUCAAGCCCGUGAUUCUGUGCCUUUGGAUUGUGCGCGGCAUUCCCCUGAGAGAGCACACCAAAUGUCUCUGCCUAAUAUUGUUUCAGGGAAUGAAAGAUUCCAUAGUAACGUGGAAAACCUUCAUGCCCCAAUGCCGGUGAAUGAGAAAUCUCUGGCAUUAGUCACAAAUUCAGAUGUUAUCUCUGAAAGCCCACGUUUAAAAGAAGAGUUUCUCAAUCAACCAAAUGUUAUGACUGGCCGUGCAUCACCUCAAGUGCCAAGACCCCUCUCUUCGCCGUGUUCAAAAAAUACAUUAUCUGAUGAUGAUGUUCAAGUAAUAGGUGUUUUAAAGAAGUCUCAUGCCUCAUCUCCAAACCUGUUACUUUCUUCUGCUUCUUCACUGUCUCCAAAACAGAGUCAUUUAGCAGCUAACAGUAAGUCUCUAACAGACUGUGUGCCAAAUGUUAGUAACAAGACCUUUAUGACUAAUCACUUAGAGCAUGAUGGACCGCUUAAGGAAAAUGCUAUGUCCAAAAAGAACGCAGAGGCUCCCGAAUCUUGCAUUGUAUUGCAUUCUCAUAAAGAUGUAAAUGUCACAGUGCCACAUAAACAAAUGCGACAGGUGUCACCACCAAUGCCGCAACCGAGUCCAUCUUCUCUUAGUGUUGCUCCACCAGCACACAGUGGAGAUUUCUCCUUUCAUCGAGCACCUUUCUCACCUCUUCCUCAGUCCCCAGUAGGAGUAGAUGCAUCAGCACCUUUAAGAGGUAGUAUAACUAACCUCUCGCACAUUGUUGAAAGGUUUCCAACUGAUGGAAGAGGUAUUUCUGCAAUUCAGGGAACUAGCUCUCAAUAUUACAUAGAAAAAACUGUUAAAAACCAACUUAUGUUUAGUCAGAACAUUUCGUCUUCUAUACAUGUUCCAUCAACUUCAGCUACAAAUGUACCCGUGUUCUCUCAAGUUCCUUCCACUAUUGCAACAUUGCCUUAUAAUAGAAACAGCCCUACCGCUCCUUCUCUAAAUUACACCCAGUCACAGUUGUCACCACCUUUAAAAACCACAAAUAACCAAGGAACCUACAGCAGAUCAGAAGAAUCUUCCUUAUUAUCUGUGAAAAACAGUGUAGCCACAUCUGGGCAGACAACAUUUACUCAUUCUGUUUCGGAUUUGUCAUCAGCACUGGCUAAAAGCUCUUCUACCUCGCCAAAUAUACAGGCCUCUUUAAAUAAACCAGUUGCAGAUCUUUCACCAGUGUUGACAAGCAAAGACUCCCAACCCAUAGAUCUCCAAGUACCAUUUGCUCACCAAGCUACUGAUUUGACACCAGCCAUUCAUAGCAAAAUAUCUGGUGCAUCUGCUAACACUACAUCACACAAUAGACAAAUGACAGACUAUUUGCCAUCUAACAAAGCAUCCCCUUCUACAGAAAUGCAAGGACAGCCAAAGUCUCGGAAACGAAAGACAAAAGUUGCAGUUGCUAGUAGUGGAGUGUCUGUUGCAAGUAGUGUUUCAGGAUCAACAGCAUUUCAACAGUAUGUGGGACUAAAGGGUGACUCAGUGAUCUCUGAACCUACAGCUAUAUCUCUCAAGACAACUAGUGUUGUUCCAGGUAGUGCCUUUAACUUUGGACCUCGUCCAGGUUGCCUGGGUAUAUAUUCAGACAAAGACACUUUUGCAGGAUAUCUUGAAGAUUAUCGGACUGCAUCUACAAACUACUACAUUGCUGCUUCAGAAUCUGGACGUGAUAAAAUGGUGCAGAAUUCACCUGCACCAUCGGCAAAUCCAUUCCAGGUAUUCACUCAUUCUCAACCUCGUCAACCUGCCUAUUCUCCCCUGGCGCAAGCUUUUAUAAACCAUCAACAAGCUCUGGUUGAUCCCCCUGGUGCCCCUGGUUCCAUAUACCAGCCUUAUGAACUACUGCGCCAUUCGAGUUCUCCAAUGGUCCUGCAUCAAGGCCUUUUACCACCUCCCUCUGGCUUCCCACCUGGCUAUCACCCUGCACUUAGUAUACGUCAGCCGUAUGAUUCAGUGAAUCGACCAUCGUGGCUGUGAUCAUUGUGACAUCAAAACUGAAAGCAGUUGUGACUGUAUACGUGUGAAAAGUAUUUUAAUACCCAUAAAGUCAAUACCAAAGAAACCACUGCUGAUUAACACGUUUGCCAAUGAGAUGCUGUUGUUCAUUUAUUGUUUAUAGACUAGCAAACAUCACAUUAUAUGUGUAUUGUUGAUUUUUAUAUGUUUUUAUGUGACUCAAAUCUUACAUUUCCAUUUUGAUUUUUAAUGAAUAUUGAUACUGUAUCUUUUAUUUGCUAAGGAAUACUGUGCUCAUGCUUUAACCAGUGUCUCAGAAGUACAGCAUAUUGUUGUGUUUUUAUAGUAUUUUAUUGUAACUAUUCCAAAGAUCAGCUGUCUGAUAUGUGAAAUGUUUAACUGUGUGUAAAUAGUUUUUUUUAUACAAAGGUAUAUUUAUUAAUUCUGUGAUAGCAUUAACUGUGUACAUGGGUGCCUUGUAUUUCUUUCUUUGUGUGUGUGUGUGUGUGUGUGUGUGUGUGUGUGUGUGUGUGUGUGUGUCAGAGAGAGAGAAUUUGCAAUCACAUUCUCUCCUUUGUGUGAAGUUUCCUUGUAGUCAAAAUGCAUUAAACUUUCACUGCUUUUUUAUAUCCUGUUUUGCAACACAUUUCUUCCUUAUUUUUGUCAUUGAUGAGCAAUUAAUCAUCAUGCCUAAUAUUUAACAAACUUGUUAUGUGAACACUCAAAAUUUGUAUGUAUUGAUUCAAAAGCAGCUUUAAUGCACAAUAAUGUAAAAGAUUUUAAAGCCACAUAGGAAAUUAGUCAUGUAGUUUCUGUUUACAUUUAUUAUUAUUUAUGAAUUAGUUUCUUCAACUAGGCCAAAAAAGACUGAUUCAUUAUUCACUAAUUACAGAUUCUGUUUUGAUUUUAGGAAGAGAGAGAGAGAUCUCAAAAGACAAUAGAUGUAAUAUUUCAAGGAAAUGCCAUUACUCCUAAGAUGAUGUGCUAAUGGCAGAUACGCAGUAAACACACACACACACACACACACACACACACACACACACACACACACACACACACACUCUCUCUCUCUUAGCAUGUGUGCUUAUCAUAAGAUAAAGAUCUGCAAAGUAAGAAAAGAGCAUUGAAUGACACCGAGGAAAAAAAGAGGAACAUUCCGUUAAAGCCCAGGCAAACCAAAGUAUUUUCCAUGAAUGUACCCUAAGUGUUGAAAAGCUAUACCUGUAACCAUCAAAGAUAACUUAAAUACCUGCAGUCUGUUGCCCUAAGCUGAUUCUCUGACAUAGCAAAGUCACAAAAUAGAUUUUUCUGGAGGCAAAGCUUUUGUAGCAUUUCAUUUCGAGUCCCUGAGGUUCUCCAACUGGGCAGGAAGUGCAAGAAGUUCAAAUAGGUGGAUUGAAUGCCCUCUGUUUUGUCAGAAGCUUUGAUACAUUUGGAUACAAGAAUCUUCAGACAUUGUUGUCUUCCUCUAUGGGAAAUAAUUGGUAUAUUUUAUGUUGGAUAGACUUGGUCAGCAGAUCUGGUUAACUGGUGAAUUGUCAAGAGUUUCUGGCUACUGUGCUAGCUCCAAUUAUACCCAGUACUAACAUAGGCGAUGGUGAAUGAAUCAGAAUUUUUAUUUUUAUUUAUGAAACACUGUAAGUUUAAUGUCUGUAAAGCAUUUUCUUUUAAUGUAGUUGGCUAGGGUCUAUAAUUCAAAAAACACAAAAAUUUGUAUUUCAUUGUUCUUAAUUUAUUUGUGAAUGUUUACUCAUCAUGGUACAUGCCCCUCUCCUGGCACGCAAGAACGUACCAACCAAUGGUCAUAUGGUGCUAAAUGUUGUCUUGCCCAGAAUUCCAUUGCGAGUGCAUGGACUAUGUAUUCCUUUGGAACCAUAAUGAACUAUGUCUGUGCCUUAACCUCAUCUCCAUUGAACAUCAGAUUUACAAACAUUAAUGCUACUCCAGAUACUCUUAACACCCUUUCCUGGAUGAGGAAACACAAUAAUUAAGGCACUGGUCUUUUUUGCCAGAAGAGCAGUAUUAAUAUGCCAUUUAGUCAACAUGAUUUAUUUUUUCUGUUUAUAUAUAUGUCAGUUCUCAUGAAUGCGACGGUGGUAGGUUUAACAAGACCAGUCUGUUUCUUUAAUAGUACCCACUCACCUUCCCCCAACCCCCACCCCCUCCAGUCCUAAGUAUCUCUAAUUACAUUGACAUGGAUAUCAUCACUUUAAAAUCUCAGUUUACAGUAUACUAACUAUAAAUUACCCAAUUUGCAUUACUUAUGCACUAAAAAAUAUCCUACAGCAAGUGUACCUCUUGACUUUAGCAUUUACAAUGAUAAUUUGUCCCUCACCUGUGUGGAGUAGCCUCACCAAAGCCUUUAGAGACAAGUGUCCACUUAUGCACUCCAAAAACAUAUCCCCUGUGUUCUGUUUUACUUAAUGGUUAAUGGGAGUUUCAAAGGACAAUUUGUUUUGUCAUUCAGUACCACAUUGCUCUUGAUGUGCUUAACCCUACCAUCAGCGAGCUCCUCAACUACCUAUUCUUACAUCUUGAAUUGAGGAACAGCCUCUCCAAGAAUCUUAAAUUCACCUGCGUAAUCCAUCUAACAUUGUACCUCACCAUUUGCUUUACCUCCAGCCUUACAUUUUAGCCUACAUGUCAUCCAGUGUGAGACAUGUCCUGUGCAUACACCCAUUUCUCCAUGUUGCAGCCGUGCCUUGAGCGCCUUCAUCAUAGAUAUAGACAACUGUGAAGGCAGCCACAUUAUGCAGCUUUUCUACAACAGUUUUGUGUUUUGUAAAAGUACCAUAGCCAUCAAUUGGCAAUCUGUGACAGUUGAUUAGCACAGGUGUAAUAAUGCUGUUCUGCCCAUGGCACCUCCACGGUCCAUCCUGUACAGUAGCUGCUGUUAGAUGUGUAGCUGAAUACAGUCCUCAAGAAUCUAAUACAAUCUUGCAUCUAUUGACCAUCCCUCUUACACCGCACAAAACUAUGAUUGUCCUUGUCAUCUUUCUGCAUCUGACAUCUUUAUGUUGCUUUCCCUGCAUCAUUACCUUUUGUGUGUUUUCCAUUCAUGCCCUUUUCUCUGUGUCUUUCUGUAGGUCUUGGUGUCAGAAAGUCUCUCCUUCAUGUGGACUUGCCCUGUGUCAUCAUCUGAUUAUGAGAGCUGUUCUGGAAAUCUUAUCCGUCUUUCCCUACUCAAUCGUGUCUUCGUAUCUUUCACUCUCUAGCUCCCUAGACCAAUAAUCACUCUUUAUUGAGAGGAGUGUGAGUGUUUUCAAUGGCACACCAAUAACUCAGAGAAAUAAUACAUCUCUGAUAACAAAGUAGACAUCCCAGUGUGUGUGUGUGUGUGUGUGUGUGUGUGUGUGUGUGUGUGUGUGUGUGUGUUCAUACCCCCAUGCUUAUCUCCCACUUAGUGCUUCAUCCUUAGGUUGAGUGUUGGUAUUUCCAUGUAAUCAAUGCAUGAAUUGUGUGCAGACACAUAUUACAGUUACUGAUAGCUGGAAGCUUUCUGUUAGUUAUUGCAUCUUGAUCAUUGUAUUUUGGUACAACCUGUUUUCAAAAAGUGUCCUGUUGUUCAUAAACCACUAAAAUCAGAAAAUUGGAGCAGCAACACUGGAUAGUCUUACCUUGUAUAUAUGAGAGAUGGGAAAUGUGAUAGUAUACUUUUUAAUAAUUGAAAAUGCUGUAAUAUGUGUUUUUCCUUCACCAUAUUGAAAUUGCCUUGAAGAAGGAAGUCUAACUGAGAAUGGAAGAAAAAUUGAGGUUCUUAAAUAGAGACUGGAAAUAAGAUUUAAAUUCAUCAAUAACGCUGCAUUAGUGAUUUCAAACAAUGGGAAAUCCUGGCUGGAAUAACUUUAGUGAUUUAUUUGACUAAAUAGUAUGAGCUAUUCUUCCUUCUUUGAUAGAUCAUCUUUCAUACAGUCAUGCUGUACUUCCGAGAAAGGAAAAGUAUCUUCUGUUUUUAAUCGUAUGUAUAGAAAUUGUUGCUUGUUGUGUCUCUUUGUUGGAUGCAGUUGUGUUUUUAAAGCUCGUAAUUGUACAUUUGUAAAAGUAAAGUGUCCAUAUGUACAAAAGAGUUGGAAAAUUGAAAUGUAAAAGAGCUCUUUCAAAGUCAGUGAUUCCUGUAUGCAGGAAAAACAGCAUAAAAUGCAAAAAAGCAGUGACAUUCGUAAA